ACACUCACGUUUAGUACUGCCUACCAGUACUACUCACAUAUACAUACCUCUUUUGCCAUUUUUAUCAUGGCGAUUUCUUUUUGACAUUUGACUACGACUGGGCGCACGUGUUUUCUGGCAAGGCUCUGUGCUAAAUUAUAGUAAAAUCAAAAUGAACCCGGAGAAGCUGAAGAAGUUGCAAGCGCAGGUGCGCAUUGGCGGCAAGGGCACCCCCCGCCGCAAGAAGAAGAUCGUCCACUCCACGCCCGCCACCGACGACAAAAAGCUGCAGUCGUCGCUCAAGAAGCUGUCGGUGAACACAAUCCCCGGCAUCGAGGAGGUGAACAUCAUCAAGAACGAUGGCACCGUCAUCCACUUCAACAAUCCGAAGGCCCAGGCCUCGCUGCCGACGAACACGUUCGCCAUCACAGGCCAUGGCGAGAACAAGACGAUCACCGAGAUGGUGCCCGGCAUCCUGACGCAACUGGGUCCCCAGGACAUCAACCAGCUGAAGAAGCUGGCCACGGAGAUUGCCAACAAGACCGGCGCCGGCGGCGCAGCCGGCUCUUCGGCCGCCGAUGCCGGUGACGAUGAUGUGCCCGAUCUGGUCGAGAACUUUGAGGAGGUGGCCAUCGCCGGCACAAAGGAGGAGAAGUCCGGUGAGGUGGCGGCCUCCGCUUAGGCAGGUCCAACCCCGCCCACCCAGGCAAAUCACACCACACACACCGAAAACAAAAACAUACAUACAAAACAUACGGGGCCAGGGAGCAAGACGAAGGGGCAGGCAUACAGGACAGGACCCACACCCCAGAUGCCGGAAUUACACCUACCAUUUAGCCAUUCCGGUUUCAAAUCGGAAACGGAUCCACUCCGCACUGUUGAUAGCGCUUCUGCCCUGGAUGGGCCAUCCUUCGUGCUCCCUUCAGCCACUUUUUUGGGGGUAAUGCUACACACUAUACUAAAAUACAAAAAUAAAGGCAUCCGAGUGAGCGCUGAACAGAACACAUAAGCAUAAUAACUAUACUUAACAUACUAAGGGAACCCUUCAAUCUUAAUCUAAUAGUAAUAGUUUGGAACCGACAAUUGUAUUUUCCAAAGCGAUUAAAGCACGUUUCCUUAACCAAAAAA